AUAGUUGAUAGCCUGCGAAGGAGGAACUACACCCUUACGCCUUCAUUAAUACUAACUUUUACUACCAAUGAUCAUUUCUAACAAAAAUAUAUAGUAAAAUAUGCUGAAUGAUUGUAUUAACAUCCACGCUAACAGUAUUGGUCUCCCAACCUUUUUGCUCAAUGGUGCUCAGAACAAAGCGAAGAGAUUAAAAAACUUUCUAUGUUUUUUAUGGAAGAGCAAAUUCACGGCCAUCAGUUGUACUUAUUAAACAACGAAGAAAUGGACAAUUUCUUUCAAGACCGGGGUAUAGUGGCGCAUUCCGUUCGGACGGAACUCUGUGGGAGACUGCGAGACGUUCUGAGAACUUUUUUCCGUAGUCAGUCGCCAAAGCGCUGCAUUCCGAUUCGAGUUUAUAAACCACCCUUGAGACUUCAUAACCAAACGUUUAAUUCGUUUGCGUUAGUACUGGACUACACAGCAACUGUUGGUGUGGGCUCAGUCACAAGAUGAGAGAAUAAAAAGUGUUUUUUCGACGGCGAUAGUGCAACACAGUAUCAAUGGUUCCCAUUUGCAUUCGUUGGACAAACAAGAAAUGGUUGAGUUGUUUCAGGCGGUUGGAAUUCCUGCGGGCCCUGAAAGCGACCACUUGUGCACAGAGCUUCAAAAACUCCAGCUUUCUAGUGGGCAGCAAGAGGGUUAUACUCUUCCGCACUGGGAUCAAGAAACACUUGCUGAAUGGUGCCUUCUGGAUCCUGAGACGAAAGAGUUUGCACCGCUCGUAACCCAAAAAAAGAUAUGCGGGAAGCAAAUAUACUCGUUGAGCCAACAUCAGCUAAAUGCCUAUUUGUUAAAGGCUGGAGUCGAAGACGCUGCAACAAGAGAGAAAAUGGCAGAAAAGUUAAUGACCCUUAUUACCGUUGAUGGACCAGGAAAGUUUAGAGCUGCCCAUGAAGUUGUGAAACAUGUUGGAAACUCUGUGAAUAUAAUGAACAAAAAUGAAGUUUUCAAUUAUCUACGCUCCGUUGGGAUCACGAACGAGGGCUCCAGAGAAAAGCUAUAUACACAACUGCUGGAAAUCAAGACUAACAAAAAACAACCUUUGAGCUUCCCUUAUUGGACGGCGACAGACCUUGCAAAUUGGUGUUCUCAGAAGGAAACGAUUUUGCAGCUCUCCAACUUCAUUCUUGAGAAAAACAUUUGCGGGAAGGAUUUGUAUGAUUUGAAGGACAACGAAGUGAGCAAGUACCUUAAAGAGGCUGGAGUAGACGACGAGAGUUUAAGAACCCGCUUCUGUGAACAUGUGCAAUUGCUUAAACUAGAGGCUGUCCCGCUUCAGAACUGGCAGCCCGAAUACGUCGCUCGCUGGUGCAAAUAUAACGUCUACGGAAUCGAUGCGCUGGACGUAAGCAUCAUUAGAAACGCUCUGGACGGGUGGCUUGUGGCGUUUCUAGACGAAAAGGAACUUCAGCAGAUCUUAGAAAGCGCUGGCAUUGUUGAUUCGGCUUUGAGAGAUGAGAUCUGCAAGAAGUUAGAGGAAUUAAGAAGUACGCGUUCGUAUCGAAGCAAAGCGCCACUUCCCUACUGGUCUUCCGAGGAUCUUUCACAGUGGUGCAAAGCCAAUGCGGCUGAAAAGUUUGCCCCUAUUGCAACACUAUUGGUGGAAAAGAACGUGCAAGGCUACCAAGUAUGCUUCUUGGAGAAACAGGAGCUGAACGCCUUUUUUAAGAGGCUGGAAAUUCUGGAGCCUUCGUUGAGAGAGGGCCUCGUGGCUUUGUUUCGAAAACUGCAAAUGAGCGAAAUGCCGCUGCGAGCCUGGAGUAAUCACCUUUUUCUUGAUUGGUUGACUGCUCAGCCUCGAUUGAGUCUUCUGGCUGAAUUGCAGUCUUUUGAGAACAUCAAGGGGAGCGACCUGUACUGCAUGAGCGAAUCUGAUAUGCAUUUAUACUUUGAAGAAAAAGGAGUUCUUAAUAAGGAAAUGAGGGACCAUCUUGUAUGGAAGAUUCUAAAUCUGAAGUUCAUGCACAUCAGAGACGACUCGGAGACGAACAACCUUUUUUUCCCGUACUGGACUUCGGAACACUUGGCACUCUGGUGCAAAGCGCAGGGAGGCAGCAUCCAACAGUUUGCUGCCCUCAUUGUAAAGGAAAACAUCAACGGGCCGCAGCUCUUCGAUAAAAAUGAGGCAGAACUCCACGUGUUCUUCAAACAAAAGGGAGUCAACGAGUCGAGUGUGCGGACUCAGUUGGUGGAGUUGUUGGUGGCCACGCUUCUGCGGCAUUCGCCUCAUGAUGCUGUGUUCCUUCCGUACUGGUCGUCGGAGAUGCUGAUGGAUUGGCUGAAGUCCCAACUGCCAAUGAUCCCGAACGUAGCACGGCUAGCCGGAGAGGGCAUUAGUGGCCGUCACAUAUUUUGCAUGAAAGAAGAUGUGCUGGAAAGGCUUAUUGAAGAAGUUCCCUUUCUUCCACCGCUGUCUCGAAAGUCUAUUUUCAACAAGUUUAAACUUCUAAAGUUGAAGUACACGCCCCUUCAGUUAUGGACCUCUGAGAAUCUGGGCGACUACGUGGCUGCCCUUCAUAACAAGUUUCGCGAUUUCCGGGCUUGCUUUGUGAGCAACAAUCUCUCUGGCAAGUCCAUAUGGCAGCUGAACGCUUACCAGCUUUCAGAAACCCUCCAGAGUAUCGGCAUUACCAGUGCACACGACAGGUCCGUCAUCUGCGCCCAUCUUCAAGGAAAGCUGAUGUUCAACUUGCCUGAGAGAGAAUUUCCUAUGGCUUUUUGGAGACCUUCAUUCUUAGCGGGUUGGUGCCAGCGCCACGGCUUAGACGAGCUCUCUUCGUUUAUGACUAGCAAUAGGAUCGGAGGUCACAAGCUUUACCUUCUCGACGAGCAAAAAACAAACUUGUUCUUCGAAAAAAUGGGGUUGACUGAUCGACACCUGAGGGCACGACUUUCUCUGGAACUUCAACGCUCAAAGUCCUUCUACUCUGUGGACUAUUUUAUGGGCCCCUCCGAGGAACUGCCACUUCCUUACUGGACCUCGAAACUUCUAUCGCAGUGGUGCGGGAGUCAACCAGAAGAGGCUUUACGGGCGCUUUUCUUCUUCUUUACAGAAAAGAAUAUUACGGGAAAGGAUCUUUAUUUGCUAAGCAUAACAGAAAUGCACAACUUUUUCAAAAACAAGGGAAUUGCUAGGGAAGCCACAAGACGACUGCUUUGCGAAAAGUUGCUGAAGUUAAAGGCGAGACACUGUGAUGAGGACGUCACUUCGUACCCCUACUGGACUUGCCACGAGGUGGUUGCUUGGAGUAUGAACCACCCCGAACUGGCUACUACGAACUGCCCAAUAGCCCUGAAGGAACACCAUAUUGAUGGGACAAAGUUGUUCUCGAUGAACAAAGAGGAGUGGAUGUUGUUGUCCGAAAAAAUGGAUCUCACCUCAAACGAGAGACAAUCUCUGUGUCGAAACAUUGAACUCCUAAAAAUAGCGUGUCUUCCGUUGGAGAGCUGGUCCAGCACGACCAUGAGCGAGUGGCUUUCUCAGAAAAACCUUCAGAGCACUGCUCUUACCGAGGCAAUUGCCAAGUUCCAUAUCACUGGCGCAAAGGUGGCUGCUUUAGAGCCUUCAGAGCUUUACAAAUUUUUUAACAACUUUGGAGUGAAUGACACGGAAAAGUGCAUUCAGCUAGUUGACGAAGUUAAGAAAGUCAAACUCGCCGAUUCCUGUAGUUUCAGGCAGCUAAAAAAGCUUCGUUGCUCUGCUGAGAAGCAGCGAGUCUCUGCGAUUACCACUCAUUUUGCAGAAUUUCUUGACGAAGCCUCAAUAAAACGAAUAACGUCUCUUCUGAAAAUUAAAAAAAGCUUAGAAACGGAGCUUGAGCUCCUUAAGACUAGAAGGCUGACCCAAAAAGAUGCUAACCAACUCUCAGUGGCCGCUCAAGAAAGAAAAAGAUUAAAUAAAGAAGAAAACCAGCGUAAACUUGACCUGUUGAGAAGGGAAAAUGUUGAGCUUCAGAAACUAAUCAGGUCGCUUCAGCGGAACGGUAGCUUCGAAAAAAAAGAAGAACAAGAGGAGUUUAACGAGGAAGAGUUCCAGAUGCUGAAGAAGCGUUACGAGGUGAUAGCGAACGAAAGAAAACGGCGUCAGGAACUUAUAGAGAAACUGCGGGUUCGUAAUCAAGAACUCCGCCUCCAAUUGGAAAGCACGAAACUGCAGAAGCUUUCUGAGAGAAAACUUGCCAUUUUUGAGAAGGAAAACGCACAGCUGCUGGAAAAACUGCGCAACCUGGAACUACUUGAAGCAAUGCCCGCCUACACUAAUAGCUCUUUUUUCAGUUCUGCAAAGGGUAAGAUGGAGAAACUUGAGAAGAAACUUUGCUCACAGCGCCUCAAGCUUAAACUUCUAACCGAACAACAAACAUAAUAAUAAUAAACAUUUGAGCGAUA